UUAGUCAACUUAUAAUUUGCAGAAACCGGGGAAAACAAAAAUUACUCACUAUGUGCUCCGUAUGUCCUUCUGACCGCUCUAAUUUCUAGGGAGAAGGAAACGAAAAUCACGACACAGGUAAUACCUAACGAGUGAACAAAUGCAUUACAGAAUCGUGAAUUUGCCAAGGGGGAAAAACCUAGCAAGAGGUUAACGCAAGAAGAAACUAGGAGAAUCAAUGGGUCAAUGGCCACUAUGAUUGGAUUUCAAAAAAGCUUCAUCUCACCUAAUCCGCGCAUAUCAACACUCUAUUUUCACCGUCUUCAAUUUCACCACCAUUGUGGCAAAAUUAAUUCUUCAUUUUCUGUUGCCUGUGUGCAACGUUUCAAGCACAAAAGUAGCUGUUACAAGGGUGCACUUGCUGCAUGUUUGAGUAAUACAAGGAUUUUUAGUAGCAAUGCUAAGAGCCAUGUUCCGGAUAACCCUUUAAAAAGAUUUGGUAAUGGUGGUGGCAUGUUGAAAUUCACAUCGGAGGAAAAACACUUGGUCCUUCAAGCACCCAGCCUCCAGCACUGGUUUAAAAAUUGGCAGACACUUAGGAAACAAAAGCUGACAGCUAGCACUUUUGCUGCUGCCAUUGGAUUUUGGCGUCGUCGAAGGUCUCAGCUGUGGUUGGAGAAGAUUGGUGCUAUAGAACCAUUUUCUGGAAACCUUGCCACAUGUUGGAGCAAUAUCAAAGAGGAAGACGCACUUGAAAGAUACAAAUUAAUAACGGGAAAUAAUGUAUUGUUUCCUGAAUUUCAGGUCUACAACGCAAAACCAGAAGAUAGUUGGCUAGCUGCUUCACCGGAUGGUAUAAUUGACAGGCUAGUAUAUGAAUUGCCUUCUCGCGGUGUGCUGGAGGUAAAGUGCCCAUAUUUCGGUGGAGACAUGAGUAAAGCUUUCCCUUGGUAUCGGAUUCCGGUUCACUAUAUUCCUCAAGCUCAGGGUUUAAUGGAGAUUCUAGGAAGGGAUUGGAUGGAUUUUUAUGUUUGGACGAUUAAUGGCAGUAGUCUAUUCAGGAUACAUCGUGAUCCAGAGUAUUGGGAUGUGAUGAAAAUAGCACUCUCUGAUUUCUGGCUGAAGCAUGUCCAGCCAGCAAGAGAGUUGUAUAGUAGUGGUAAUAUAACAGAUCCCCUUUUUCAAUUAAGAUCAUUAGCGCCAGCCCCUAGACAUGAAUUAUGCCGGGAUAUAGUUUAUAAAAGUAAAGUGAUUGUUGAUAAUUCUAAGUUUUUGAUCCGGGAGAUACAUGGGAAAAUGACAAAUUGAUUCAUCCAACUGUUAUAGCUGAGUCAUUAAUUUAGAGACAAUGUGUUUGCUGUACAUUCCAUAAUAUUUGAGGGGUUAGUAUGAAUCAAUAUAGUGUAGAAAGAUAUUGAUUUUGCUUAAGUGAAUUGUGGAGUGGUGUUGAUUAUAGAAUCAUCUACAAGAAGAGUUGCAGACUUCAGGGUUAUGUUAAGUAUGACUAUUUACUUGCUAGAGAGUGCUAAAAGACAAACUUAGCUGGUUGUGUAAUGUUAAAAUUUGCGACACUUGAGACUUUGCAAUUUUCAUGUUGGUUGGUUUUUGACACGGAGAUUCAAUAGUGAUACAUUUGUUAUUGAUUACCUUACACAUCCCUUCUCCUUUUUCUAGGCUUGAGACCAGUUUUGUAGUGCAACAUGGGCAGAGUUAGAUUAUCUCAUAUACUAAAUGUGAAAGUAUCUGUUCCCUUUUGUGGUGUGUUAGAUAUAAAAUCAUUCAUAUGCCUUCAGCACAGCUUAAGCUUUUGGAAGUAGCUGGUUCGUGACAUGGUAUUACCACUACUAUGCAUAAUAUGGUUUGAAACUAUGGUCAUUUUCAAAGAUAUCUUUACCACUUCAACAUUGCUAGUUUGCAGUGGUUGAGUAGUAUAUUUUUAUUUAGCAGGCAGUAUUUUCUUGAAAAGAUUCCAUUUGUAUUCAUUCAUCAAACAUUCUUACUAGAUAAUUAAUUUGAAACUUAGUUUCAUGCUGCACUCAUUCUUCCGGUUCUUUUUGGAUCCCUAAAGUUGCACUGUCUAAACUUAACUACUAUAUUAUUGAAAGGAUUUUUCAUGAAUUUGAUAUGUUUGACUGUAUAGGAGGUGGAUUGCAAAACUUCCAAUUCUUUUAGUUAUUAUGUUUUUCUACAGGCACACAAAUUAGCCCGAGCUGACUUGAGUCCAAAUUAUGAUAAACUCAAACUUAUUCCUAAAACAUUGAUCUAGAAAUAAAGUGGACCUUGUUGUCAAAAUAAUUUGAUUUCCCUUUAUAGAAAAAGCUCUUUGAAUCGCCUAGUUGUGAAGCCGUACUUAUAAAAUGUCCUAUAAAAAAGAUAAACAACAAAUCUUGAGAUGUAUUAUGUUUUGGGUCUGGGGUUAUGAAUGCUAUAAAGUAGAUCAAAGUUGAGCUCUUAAUUUUUUUAAUUGAGAACGGACGAAGUUGAAACACUUUGAAAUAACAGUUGGAACAUGGAGAGGUUGCAGAAUAUUUUACAUUAUUGUAGUUUAAAAGUUAACGUUGAUUGUGCUUUUCAUCAAUGAACUUACUUGCAGUUCAGUGCAUGGUUGUGUAGUUAUGAAUCAUGAA